GCGUUCGAGUGUAUUUAUUGAUUUCCUUUCCCCUUCUCAGGGUGUAACAUUUUGGAGGCACCGCUGGGAUAGGGAAAACAGACCACCGAGCAUACAUGGAGAAAUGGAAACAAGAAAUGCAGGAGGCACAUGAAAUAGUACGAGAGAACGCAAAGAAGGCAGCAGAGAGAAGUAAAAGACAUUAUGAUGGGAAAGUAAGAAGCUCUGUGCUAUGUCCUGGCGAUCGAGUCCUUGUUCGAAACCUGACACCUAGGGGAGGAACUGGAAAGCUUCGUAAUCACUGGGAACAGGAUAUUCAUGUUGUGAUCCGUCAGGUUGCAGAAGGCCUCCCGGUGUAUGAAGUCAAGCCUGAGCAAGGAAGAGGAAGGUCAAGAACCAUGCAUCGCAACUUGUUGCUGCCGUGUGAUUACUUACCUCUGGAAACUCAGCCAAAAGCACCACCAAAGCAAGAGAAAAGAAGGGUGAAGGAGACAGAGACAGAAAAUGCAGAUCAGAAAGAGGAAGAUGAAGAAGAGGAAUGGGUGUACUGUUACAAACCAGUAAUACACUCUCAAAUGCCCCAUGCAGACGGAGUGAUUGAGCGUGCAGACACACAACAGGACAGUGGUCGGGAGAAACAAAAUUUGAGUGAUGAUGAAUUGAUUGAAGGAAGGCUCAUAGCAAACACAGAUGAGCCUGAAACACAGCAGGAAAAUGUGCCACAGGAAGAGAACUAUCAGGACAGGGAUGAGAGCUUAGUUGAAAAAGCAGUGGAUGAAAUUCCAGCAUUCCAACAUCCAGAGCCACCUGGAGGAGAAAAAGAACAGACAGAUGGUGCACCAAGGAGGGAAAGACGAGCCCCUAAAGUCUUCACCUAUGAUCAACUUGGGACUCCAACAUGCUAUAGUACAGCAUAUGGAAAUGAAAGGCUCUACCAACAUCAGCCCAUACAAUAUCAACACAUUCGACCAGUGACACUGUGGACCAAUCCAUUCCAGACCUACCAACCUAUAAUUAUGCAAGGAUACUAGACACAGAUUC